ACUCUCAGAAAGAUAUGUUCUUUAUCUUUCACAGGAAUACACCAUUGAUAUCUUCUUCGCCCAGACAUGGUAUGACCGGCGUCUUCGUUUCAACAGCACCUUGAAGGCCCUCACACUGAACACCAACAUGGUGAGCCGCAUCUGGAUCCCAGACACCUUUUUUAGAAACUCCAAGCGGGCUGAUUCCCACUGGAUAACUACUCCUAAUCAGCUCCUCCGCAUCUGGAAUGAUGGAAAAGUGCUCUACACACUCAGGCUGACGAUCGAGGCUGAAUGUCUGCUCCAGCUGCAGAAUUUCCCCAUGGACACUCACUCCUGCCCUUUGGUUUUUUCUAGUUAUGGCUACCCACGAGAGGAGAUUGUCUAUCGCUGGAGGCGCUACUCCAUUGAGGUCUCUGACCAGCGCACCUGGAGGCUCUACCAGUUUGACUUCACAGGGCUGAGGAACACUUCAGAAAUUCUCAGGACUGGGGCAGGAGAGUAUAUGGUGAUGACAGUUUCUUUUGACCUAAGUAGACGUAUGGGUUACUUUGCCAUUCAGACCUACAUUCCCUGCAUCCUGACUGUUGUUCUUUCCUGGGUUUCCUUUUGGAUCAAGAGAGACUCUACACCAGCCAGGACAUCUCUGGGAAUCACGACUGUGCUAACAAUGACCACCCUGAGUACCAUCUCCCGCAAGCACCUUCCUCGUGUUUCCUAUAUCACAGCCAUGGACCUCUUUGUCUCUGUGUGCUUCAUCUUCGUCUUUGCAGCUCUCAUGGAGUACGCUACACUCAACUACCUGGUGGGAAACAAGAAACCACUUGAGCACAACAACAGGAAAGCCAGACUGCCACCUGCUGGUGCACAGGUGAUGCCAUCCUUUACCACCAUCAACAUCAACAACAUCAUGCACUGGCCUCCAGAGAUAGGGGACGAAGAGGAUGAAGACCCUGGCUCCCCGUGCCUGGAAGGAAAGGAAUGUGAGAGGUUCUUCUGCUGCAUUGAGGACUGUCAGACAGGGAUGUGGCGGGAGGGCAGAGUCCGCAUUCACAUCUCCCGCCUGGACUCCUACUCCCGCGUCUUCUUCCCCACUGCCUUCCUGCUCUUCAACAUUGUCUACUGGAUUGCCUAUCUCUAUCUCUAGCCAUUCUUUGGCCUCAGCUGAAAUGGACUGGAGACCAGCAAGAUGUGCUUCUCAAGGAGCUUGGAGAACAGCAUCUCUUCCAUUCUAGUCAGCUGUUGGUCUGAACAGUCCAACCUGGAGAUUCCCUCUUCCUGCUCUCACAUCUUCUCUGAGAAGAAUCAGACAGCUUUUUUUUAGCCUUCUAACAUAACUUUUUAGAGAACCUACCCUUCCCAAACAACCCCCUCGUCAGCACCACCAGCAUUUUACU